GACAAGGAGUGACCGGUUGAAGGAAAAGCCUCUGGAGUUGAGUCUAUGUCUAUGCAAUCGGCACGGUGACCUGCCUUCGGGAGCUCUCACCACCAACUCGUGGCGGAGAAUGGACAUGAGAAGUGCCAGCCCCCGUCCCUACCCCCGAGACAGCCCAGAGCGAAAGAACAGCAGCCCCGAGGCGCAGGGUCCACCUCCCGGUAAGAAGGCCAGGCUGGAGCCGAAUGGUAGCCCGACAGACGGAGGCAGAGGGAGAUCCAAUGGCUCCCCAGUCAAGGCGCUGGGAGGAUCAACCCUGCCAGUGUUUUGUGUGGUGGAGCAGUCGGACAAUCCUGUAGAAUGCGAAGGGAAAGAAGAGCACGCUGAAUUUGUGCUGAUCCGUAAAGACGUGCUGUUCAAUCAGCUCAUCGAGACAGCCCUUUUAUCCCUUGGAUAUUCCCACAGUUCUGCAGCGCAGGCUCAAGGGAUGAUCAAGGUUGGGAAGUGGAGUCCUCUGCCCCUGAACUAUCUCACUGAAGCACCAGAUGCAACAGUAGCUGACAUGUUACAAGAUGUCCAUCAUGUUGUGACACUGAAAAUCCAAUUACAAAGCUGUGCAAAGUUUGAGGACCUUCCGGCAGAGCAGUGGAAUCAUGCCACCGUCAGGAAUGCAUUGAAGGAGCUGCUCAAAGAGAUGAACCAGAGUACGCUGGCCAAAGAAUGCCCGCUGUCCCAGAGCAUGAUUUCCUCUAUCGUGAACAGCACGUACUACGCCAACGUGUCAUCAGCCAAGUGCCAGGAAUUCGGAAGGUGGUACAAAAAAUACAAAAAGAUUAAAGAAUCAGCACAAGACUGGGUACCCUCAGUGUUUCAAUCAAACAGACUAUUCAAAGUUGAAAGGGAAAAUUUGGCAGAGUACUGUGUACUAGGACAGCGGCCAGCCCACCUGACGAGCAUCAAUCAACUGACAAACUUAUCAAAGAGCAGCGAGCAGUCUCCUCACAGCCAGCUCCACCACAGCCCUCCCAUCAGAAGCCAAGUGCCAGCACUGCAACCAAUCAUGAGUCCCAGUCUGCUGUCGCCACAGCUGAGCCCUCAGCUGGUGAGGCAGCAGCUCGCCAUGGCGCACCUGAUCAACCAGCAGAUUGCCGUUAGCCGGCUGCUGGCGCACCAGCACCCACAAUCCAUUAACCAACAGUUCCUCAAUCACCCACCUAUCCCCAGGCCUGUGAAGCCUACAGAGCCUUCCAGUUCAUCGGUAGAGGUUGCUCCAGAAAUCUACCAGCAAGUCCGGGACGAGCUAAAGAGAGCCAGCGUGUCACAAGCCGUGUUUGCACGAGUUGCCUUCAACCGUACACAGGGCUUGCUAUCAGAGAUCCUCCGCAAAGAGGAAGAUCCUAGAACAGCAUCCCAGUCACUACUUGUAAAUCUAAGAGCCAUGCAGAACUUCCUGAACCUUCCAGAGGCAGAACGUGACCGAAUCUACCAGGAGGAGAGAGAACGAAGCAUGAACCCAAACAUCUCCAUGGUUUCGCCUUCAGCAGGCAGCCCAGGGUCUUCUCGAACCUCUCAGACCAAGACCUCUGCGUCGACAUCAGAUCUUCUGGUUAAGGUGGAGAGCACGAAUCUAAACAUCACAUCAGCUAUUUAUGAUGAAAUCCAGCAAGAGAUGAAACGGGCCAAAGUAUCUCAGGCAUUGUUUGCAAAGGUGGCAGCGAAUAAGAGUCAGGGAUGGCUGUGUGAGUUGCUCCGCUGGAAAGAAAAUCCGACUCCAGAGAAUAGGACCUUGUGGGAAAAUCUGUGCACUAUCCUGCGUUUUCUGAGCCUUCCUCAGUCUGAAAGGGAUAUUGUCUAUGAGGAAGAAUCUCGGCACCAUCACAAUGAACGUUUGCAACAUGUUGUCCAACUAUCUCCAGAACCUAUCCAGCAAGCCCACAUCCGAUCGGCUGAGCAUGGAGUGGCACUGGGAUCAGCAGUCAUAAGAGAGUCCGUGACCCGUUCACCCACACUCCCGGCUGAAGGAGGAUGCUUGAAGGCUGUGCAAAGACAACAAUCCCAGCCUGCGAAGGACAGUUCACCCCCAAGAGAGGACAAAACCACUCAGCAACAAGCUGCUGAGGAUAACUGUGCCAAAAAGCCCAGAUCACGUACUAAGAUCUCCGUGGAGGCGCUGGGCAUCCUUCAGAGUUUUAUCCAUGACGUGGGCCUCUAUCCUGACCAGGAGGCCAUUCAGACCCUUUCUGCCCAGCUGGAUUUGCCCAAGCACACGAUUAUCAAAUUUUUUCAGAACCAGCGUUAUCAUGUUAAGCAUCAUGGCAAAUUAAAAGAGCACUUAGGAACCACAGUUGAUGUUGCGGAAUAUAAGGAUGAAGAGCUGCUUACAGAGCCCGAGGAGAAUGACAGUGAGGAGGGUUCUGAGAUGUACACCAUGGAGGCUGGAGAGGAAAACCUCAGCAAAACCAAAGCCAAACCUCCAGAGAUAGACCAGAAAUAAUGUGAAACACACCAACUAAUGCAUACCUACAUAAAAGAAUAUUGUCAAUUCUAUGUACAGCUUUGUGUAAUGCAUUAAGUACGUAUGGAGUACAGCAGUAUUGAAUUUGCAGGUUUAAUCUAAUGUUGCCUUGACAUAGAAUACCAGAAUGGACAUCGUUUAGACUUUUGUAAGUCUUACAAACUGGGAAAGAUUAAACUCACUUCAGAGUUUGCUUCACAACUCAAUCCUGCACUAAAAGUUAAAUAAAGAAACAUUGUGGGCAAGUUUAAAAGGACAUUUUCUCAGAACUUACUCGGGACAAAGGUGUUUUUAUAAAGUUCUGUGACUGUACACU